AUUCGACACUGACCAAUACUCUCUAUCUGCCCUCCUCGAAUUGCAGAUUCACUCAGGCAAUAUUUCUCACAGUUCGGUAAAGUACUCGACUGCAACAUCAUGAAGGACCCAAACACCGGCACCUCGAGAGGUUUCGGUUUCCUCAAAUUCGAGGACGCAAAGGCCGUCAACGGCGUCAUGGUCAGGGAACAUUGGCUCGACGGAAAGAUCAUCGAUCCCAAGCGGGCCAUCCCUCGAGACUCCUCGUCCAAGUCGUCCAAGAUCUUCGUCGGUGGUAUCCCUCCCAUCACAACCAGCGAAUCGUUCCGUCGCUGCUUCACUCAAUUUGGACCAAUCCUUGACCACAAUCUCAUGAUGGACAAGGAGACGCAGAAGCCUAGAGGAUUUGGAUUCGUCACCUUUGAGAGCGAGGACUCUGGCAGGAGAGCUCUGGAGAUGGACGGCCAAGUCAUCCUUGACGGCAAGAAUGUUGACAUCCGGCGAGCUACAUCAAAGAAUGCCCCUGGAUCGAACAACAAUCAGGACUCGGGCGCUUCCUCCAACAACAACCGUCGCAAUAAUCAAUCCGAUCAGUCCGCCACUUCAGACUUCUCCGUAGCCCAAACAGGCAUGCAAGGCGGUGGCUUCAACCCCAUGAUGGCAGCCUCUGGAGCAGGCGGGAUGGACGUGAACGCCAUGUCCAACCUCUUUGCUCAGAAUGGAUGGGGCACAGGCCACUGGAACCCAGCCAUGAUGCAGCAGAUGCUCAUGACUGCUGCGGCCCAAGGUGGCGGCGCAGCUGGAGGUGGCAACCAGUGGAACCCGAUGAUGAUGGGCAACAGUCAGUGGAUGGGCGGAGGCGGUCAAGGCUACGGUGGCGGCGCCGCAGGCGGCGGCUAUGGGCAACAGCAACAACGCGGCGCAGGAAACUACGGCGGUAUGAACCGGGGCGGAUCUGCAGGAGCCAUGGGCCAAGGCGCAGCGCAGCAAGGAUACCAACGCAACACUACCUCUCGAGCUACACCUACUGGGCCCUCAGGCCAGGGUCUACCCGCUCGCAGUGGCCUGCCCCUCCGACCCUCGCCGGCAGCUGGCGGCAGUGCUGGUGCGAGGAGUCCCGCAGGUGCCAGUGCAGCAGGGGAUGGAGCUCGGGGCAGGGAUGUCAGUGGGAGCUCCAGUGUAGCCGCUGACCCUUGGAAGAGGGAGAGGAGCCCUUCCCGUCGGGCUGCUGGAGGUGGAGGUGGGGGUGCGUACGAGGACAGGCCGGUGAGGUGAGGUGAGUCGAGGCAAGCUAAGCUAGGCUCAGCUGAGGCGAAGCGGCACUCGCAUUCGCAAGGGGAAUGGGACGGAGAGGUUCGAUUCUUCAUGUACACCGUC